GGCGGCGCGCGCGCCCUGAGGGGCCAUGGCGGCCCCGCACGCAGAGAAGCUGGAGGGAGCCGUCCCGGCCCCGCCGCCCCCGCCAGGGCCCCCGCACUCUGCGGGCAGCGCCGCCGCCGGCGGGCCCGGCCGCAAGCAGGGGAAGGCAGGGCUGCAGAUGAAGAGCCCCGAGAAGAAGCGCCGCAAGUCCAACACGCAGGGCCCCGCCUACUCGCACCUCUCGGAGUUCGCGCCGCCGCCCACCCCCAUGGUGGACCACCUGGUGGCCUCCAACCCCUUCGAGGAUGACUUCGGAGCCCCCAAGGUGGGGGCGGCGCCCGCCCCGUUCCUGGGCAGCCCCGUCCCGUUCGGCGGGUUCCGCGUGCAGGGCGGGGGGAUGUCGCCACAGGUGCCCCCCGGCUACGGCGGGGGGCCGCAGCCCCUGCGGAGGCAGCCCCCCCCCUUCGCCCCCGGGCAGAUGGGCCCGGCCUUCAGCAUGGCCCCCCAGAACCCCAACUACGUGCAGGGCGGGGGCCUAGGCUUCGCCGGGCAGCCCUUCAGCCAACCCCUCGGACAGAACUUCAGCCCCCCCAUGGGGCAGCUCAUGCAGGGCCCCGUCGCGGGCUUCGGGCCCAUGAUCUCCCCCACCAUGGGGCAGCCCCCGCGGGGUGGGGGGGACAUGGGCCCCGGGCCGGCCCUUAACCCCCCCGGAGGGGGCCCGACGGUGGCUCAGCGCUUCAGCCAGCCCGGCAACCUCUUUGGACAGUCGCCCCUGCAGCGCCCCGGGCAGAACAUGCCCCCCCUGCCGCCCACUGCCAGCCCCUUCCCCGGGGCGGACCCCACCUUCCCCGCAGGCGGCGAGGAGGGGGGCGGCAAGAAUGCCCCGCCCAGCACCUUCGCCCCGGAGCAGCACUCGGGCUCUCCCGCCGCCGUCAACGGGGCACAGCCCGGCUUUGCCCCCGGCAGCACCACCCGUGGCACCGGCACCCCCGACACCAACAGCCUCCCGCUGCAGCCCCCCGGGAAGGCCCCUGGAGCCCCCUCCAGCCACCAACCACCCCCGGGGCUCGUGUACCCAUGCGGGGCCUGCCGCAAUGAGGUCAACGAUGACCAGGACGCCAUCCUGUGCGAGGCCUCCUGCCAGAAGUGGUUCCACCGGGAGUGCACGGGCAUGACAGAGAACGCCUACGGGCUGCUCACCACCGAGGCCUCGGCCGUCUGGGCCUGCGACUUCUGCCUCAAGACCAAGGAGAUCCAGUCUGUCUACAUCCGGGAGGGCAUGGGACAGCUGGUGGCCGCCAAUGACGGCUGAGCUGCCCUCCUGAUGCUGUGUACAGCUCCCCACACCAACUUAGGACCAAACCCCUGUUUUUUGUAGCUGUCACCCCCUCCCCCGCCAGCUGUGGCUGCUCCCCCGGACACCACCGGCCACUGGGAGCCACCAGGGGACAGUGCCCAGGGGACCCGGGAUGGAUCUGGCUGUGCCAUCACCAGCCCUUUGGUGUGGGGAGGGCUCUGGCCCUGGUGCACCGGCCCUGGGAGGGCUGAGGCUUCCCGGUGCCCCUCAGCACUGCCCAGUUUGGUUCAUGCCCUCUCAAGGGGCUCCUUCCUCGGGUGUGCAGCAGUCCCGGUGCCCCAUGGGCAUUCACGGGGCAGUCCCGGUGCUUCCUACUCCUUUGCCCACCCCUGGUGAUCCCGGUACCCGCUCGCCCUCUUCCCCCGCCCCCCCAGGUUCUCUCCGCUAUAGCCAAUCGUUAAAUGGAAACUUUUGUACCGUCGCUAUAAAACUGUGAAACGCG